GACAUUCCUCUAACAUGGUUGUAAACCAUUUUUUCGACCUUUGGCCCGUGCUUCUUCCACUUUGUAUUUCUAUCCCUCGACAAGAAAUGCAGUUGGGCUUGGAACGAAGUUAAAGUUUCCUCUUUUUUAAUAUUAACAUACGAACUAGAGGGGCAAAGUAAAACACCAUCUGACAGAGCAACAGACGUACAGGUGUGAAUUACAAUAAUAAAAACAUAAAAAUUUCACAAAAGCAAGCAUUGCGCCAUCUAUUUUUAAUCAAACCGCAUUGAUUUCAGUGCUUUCUCCACCAUGCCAUCCAGCCAGAUUUGAGUUCACCACACCACAAUAUUAAAACCGACUCAAUAUGUCGUCUGUAAAAUCAAUGCUUUAACAUCAAAUCUGAUGCAUUUCUUCCUCCUCUUCCUCCUCCUGUUAAUCAACAGCAAUAGCGUAAGCUGCAGUCCACCUGCUCCGCCAGUCAAAUGCGACACCACCGGCUGCACAGUCACCAACGCCUACGGAACAUUCCCCGAUCGAUCGACAUGCAGAGCCGCAUCGGCAGUUUUUCCGUCGUCGGAAGAAGAGCUCCUGGAGGCGGUGGCGGCGGGCAGCCGGAAAAACCAGAAGAUGCGGGUGGUCACACGGUGGUCGCACUCCAUUCCCAAAUUGGUGUGCCCGGGGGGCGAAAAGGGGCUAAUCAUAAGCACCCAGGAGCUGAAACGCGUGGUUAGCGUAGACGAGGAGUCCAUGAGAAUGAGCGUGCAAAGCGGAGCAGCUUUGAGGGAUAUAAUAAGCGCAGCCGCUGAAUAUAAGCUGGCGCUCCCACAGACUCCGUAUUGGAAGGGGCUUACAAUUGGGGGGAUCCUCUGUACGGGGGCUCAUGGAAGCUCAGUCUUUGGGAAGGGAAGUGCUGUUCACGAGUAUGUUGUGGGGAUGAGAUUGGUGGUUCCCGAAAGAGGAGGGAAUGCAAGUGUUGUGACUCUCAAUUCAACUCAUGCCGAUUUCGAUGCUGCUAAGCUCUCUCUUGGUCUUCUCGGUGUCAUUUCACAGGUGACACUGCAGUUGGAACCAAUGUUCAAAAGGUCCAUCACUAACGUGAAAAUGGGCGAGCAAGAAUUGGAAGAGAGGAUAGUUGAGUUUGCAAGGUUACACGAAUUUGGAGACGUGACAUGGUAUCCUGGACAGCGUAAGGUUGUUUACAGAAUAGACGACAGAGUUUCUGUAAACCAAUCUGGAGAUGGCGUCAACGAUUUCAUUGGCUUUCGCCAGACCUUAACUGCAGCUUUAGGGUUUGCUCGUUCAACAGAAGAGAUGCAAGAAGCGACAAAGGCCAGCAGGGGAAAGUGCACAGCGGCCAGGAUGCAGGUAGGCGCCCUGCAGGCCUUCGGAACAGGAUUCAAGAACAACGACCUCAUGUUCAGCAGUUAUCCCAUUGUUGGUUAUCACAACAAGCUGCAAUCUGCGGGGUCGUGCCUCAAUUCUACAGAAGAUGCCCUGCUCACAGCUUGCCCAUGGGAUCCUCGCAUCAAGGGAGAAUUUUUCCACCAAACCGCCAUGGCAAUCAGCCUGAACAAGAUUGCAGACUUCAUUAGAGACAUAAAAAAGGUGAGGGACUUGAAUCCCUCUGGUCUCUGUGGAUUGGAGCUCUACAAUGGUAUUCUCAUGCGCUUUGUCAAGGCUUCCACUGCUUAUUUGGGGGCCCAGGAGGAUUCUGUGGACCUAGAUUUCACAUAUUAUCGAUCCAAGAACCCCCUGGUUCCCCGACUCAACGAGGAUAUGCUUGAAGAGAUUGAGCAGAUUGGUUUGUUCAAGUAUGGAGGUACUCCUCACUGGGGCAAGAAUCGUAACAUUGCAUUCCAGGGAGUACUGAACAAGUACAGGAAAGUAGAGGAUUUUUUGAAAGCAAAGAGAAAGUAUGAUCCAGAGGGACUCUUGUCCAACGAAUGGACUGAUGCAAUGCUGGGCAUAGGGAAGGAAGGAGUUAUGAUAGUGAGGGAUGGGUGUGCUUUGGAAGGGCUGUGCUUGUGUGAAGAGGACAGCCACUGUGCUCCUCAGAAAGGCUAUUUUUGCAGAGCAGGAAGAAUAUACACAGAAGCUAGAGUUUGUAGAUACCAGGAAUAAAGCCCACCCUGUUCAUGCAUAUGCUCAGAGUUCAAAUCAUCGGCAAUAUGUGGGUACCAGCCAUUUACGUGGGUGUACCAUAUGUACUCAAAAAAGGUAAAGCAUUUUAAGUUUAUGGGAAUUUGUGUGUAGUGGGAUAUAUACCGUUGCCUCACCACACACGAAACCAUUCUUUCGAGGCCCUAAUUAGGGAGGCUACAAGUACUUGGUGAGUGGAUGUAUUAAGUUUAACAUUAUAUUGGCCUAUUUUUUCAAAAAUGGUGUUGGGUCAAUAUAGGUAACUAAUUUUUUUUU